GCCCGCAGAGAGCUCUGAGUGUGGGAGUUUGUCGACUGGGGAAUAACGUCAACCGCUCCGAGGUGACUUGAAUGCUCCUUAGUGAGGGGGCGGUUCAGGCACGGGCUCAUUUUGAGCGUAGUUUCAGUGUGUUUUUCAGAGCGACGCGAGGGAAAAUGAGCGCUCGAGUUCCCUGCUCAAGUCAAGGAAACCGUUCUCGUUAAACUUCUGACCGGUGGAGCGCCAGCGUAACGUUACUGUACAGCUACGGGGGAAGUGUACUUUGAAGGAGCUAGUCGGCGAGUGAAGAAGGUGACUCACCAGCUUCUGUGGGAUUUGAUGUCACCUUUAGAUCGGGCCCACUGAAGAUGGAAACCCUGGAGUCGGAGCUGACAUGCCCUAUCUGCCUGGAGCUGUUUGAGGACCCGCUGCUACUUCCCUGCGCCCAUAGCCUGUGUUUCAGCUGUGCCCAUCGCAUCCUGGUCUCCCACUGUUCCGGCGCAAAGCCGCUUGAGUCUGUGUCGGCCUUCCAGUGCCCAACGUGCCGCCACGUCAUCACGUUAAGCCCACGCGGUCUCGACGGCCUGAGGCGCAAUGUGACGCUGCAGAACAUCAUUGACCGUUUCCAGAAGGCCUCUUUCAGCGGGCCCGGCUCACCCAGCGAGAGCCGCCUUCGCCCCCCACCCCGGCCUCGCAGCGCAACACCCACCGGGGGCAGCGCUAACGGCAGCGCGAUGUCGGCCGAGCUGCGCGUACCCUGCCAGUUCUGUGAACAGGAGCCUCCUCGUGAUGCCGUGAAGACGUGUGCCACGUGCCAAGCGUCGUACUGCGAGCGCUGCCUGCGUGCCACACAUCCAAACAAGAAACCAUUCACCAGCCACCGGUUGCUGGAGCCGGCAGGUGACGGGCACCUGCGCGGUCUGGCCUGCCUCGAGCACGACAGUGAGACAGUGAGCCUGUACUGUGCUACAGAUGAGCAGCUUAUCUGUACCCUGUGCAAGCUGGUUGGCAGACACCGUGAGCACCACGUCACCUCUCUCAGCGAGCGUUUCGACAAGCUCAAGGGUUUUCACGUGAGCCCCGGCAGAGUAUCUGAAGCGGUUAUGGAGGCAUCAAAGACAAGCGCUGCGCAAACUCUGGAGAAUAACCUGACCAAUCUGGUAAAAAGGAACAGUGAGUUGGAAAACCAGAUGGCCAAACUCAUCCAGAUCUGCCAGCAGGUGGAGGUAAAUACGGCCAUGCACGAGGCCAAGCUGGUAGAGGAGUGCGAUGAGCUGGUGGAAAUCAUUCGCCAGAGGAAACAGGUCAUCGCUGUCAAGAUCAAAGAGUCAAAGGUGAUGAAGCUCCGUAAGCUGGCUCAGCAGAUCGCUAACUGUAGACAGUGUCUGGAACGCUCCAGUGCUCUUAUCACACAAGCUGAGCAGAGUCUAAAAGAGAACGACCAUGCUCGCUUCCUCCAGACUGCCAGAAAUGUGGCAGAGAGGGUUGCCAUGGCCACAGCCUCCUCACAGGUCCUUAUCCCAGAUGUCAAUCUGAAUGAGGCCUUUGACAAUUUUGCCCUCGACUUCUCCCGAGAAAAGAAAAUCCUGGAGGGGCUGGAUUACCUGACAGCCCCUAAUCCACCAUCUAUACGAGAUGAGCUCUGCACAGCCUCCCACGACACCAUCACCGUGCACUGGACCUCUGAGGACGAGUUUAGUGUCACGUCUUAUGAACUGCAGUACACGAUCUACACGGGCCAGACCAACUUCAUCAGUCUGUAUAAUUCAGUGGACAGUUGGAUGAUUGUGCCCAACAUCAAGCAGAAUCAUUACACAGUGCAUGGGCUUCAGAGUGGUACCCGUUAUAUAUUCUUUGUCAAGGCCAUCAACCAGGCUGGCAGCCGCAAUAGCGAGCCAGCACGCCUCAAAACCAACAGCCAGCCUUUUAAACUGGACCCAAAGACGGCUCAUAAGAAGCUGCGCCUGUCUAACGACUGCCUGACCAUGGAGAAAGAUGAGAGCUCUUUAAAGAAGAGCCACACACCAGAGCGCUUCAGUGGUACAGGUUCCUACGGCGCUGCUGGCAAUGUAUUUAUUGACAGUGGCUGCCAUUACUGGGAGGUGUUGUUAGGAGCUUCCACAUGGUACACCGUGGGUGUGGCAUACAAGUCAGCCCCGAAGAACGAGUGGAACGGCAAGAACUCCUCAUCAUGGGUGUUCUCCCGCUGCAACAAUAACUUUCUGGUGCGGCACAACGGAAAAGAGAUGCUGGUGGAGGCGUCGCUGCAGCUGCGGAGGCUCGGAGUGCUACUGGACUAUGACAGCAACACGCUCUCCUUCUAUGAUGCCAUGAACUCACAGCACCUACACACAUUCGACAUCUCCUUCCUGCUUCCUGUUGCCCCUACCUUUAUGAUCUCAAAUAAAUCAUUGAUGAUCCUGUCUGGCCUGCCUGUGCCUGACUUUGUGGACUGCCCUGAGCAGCAGGACGGCAGCAGCCGGCAGCAAGAGUCUCCAUAUGGCCUGACGAUGAAGAGCUGCAACUGAGAUGCUCGUGCCGACUCUUCCAGAACGGUCCAGAAACUUUUCCUCUAGGGCCGAUGGGCUCAUUUUGUCCGCUCUGCUUCCUCACUUUUAUUUUGGCCCCACCACUGGCUCACAUUGUUGAUGGUGUAGAUAGAAUUGGUGGAGCUAGGUUUGAAGGAUGUGCUAAUUUUACCUUGAUUAUUGCAGUCAGUGGUGUUUGAGUUGUGUUGCAUGACUACUAGUCAUGGAUUAUGCGAACUUUAAUGCAUUGGGAAAAGUAUGUAAAUUAUUCACGACUAAUAGGUUGGUUUGCUUCUUUUGUCAGUUUUACUAUUAUCCUUAAAAGCACUUUUUUUUUGAAGAUUUUUGACUGCCCCUGUGUGUAAAAAGAGAAAAAAGAAACUUGACUUAGGACAGGGCUGGACAUUGUUUGGAUAUAAUAUAGUGGAUUUAUCUUGUAAUAGAAAAAGGGAUAUAGAUAUGGCGUUUCUACUGAGGUUAACAUUUAAUAAUAUCUGAUGAAACAAACUCACAACUUUCAUAUUCAGGGAGAACAAGGAGAACGUUUUCUUUGUGUUUUUGUCUAGUUGUUUCUAGCAUGAUAUGUAUUUCCUCUGUGAUUUGUUCCACUCUAUUGGUUUCUUGUUCUGUAUUUUGUGGAAAAGCAUGACAGUCCCACUGCUGAUUUUAUAGACAUGGAUCUGUACUGAUCCAUGUAGUAUUUUUUUUUUUAUUGUAAAGCUGAAUCCAUCUCACCAAAUCAACCAACUCAUAAAAGCAUUGUGGGUGAACUAAAUCUCCAAAGGGCUUUAUGGAAUACAAUUUACACUUUCACAUAUCGAUUCAUUCAAACAGUUGAAAGGAGGGGCUGAUUAUAACGUUAUUCACUUCCAUGCUUAGUUUUUCAUGGGUUGUGACAUUCUGUAAAAGGAAGUCUACUUUGAGAUUAAUGUGCAGGCAUAUUGAAGCUAACAAUCCCAUCUCAUCCUGCUUUAGAAUUUUUUUUGCCUCAUAUGAUUUUCCUCAGUACAAUAUUCAGGGAGGAAUCAGUGAAUGAUGUCAUAGACAAUCAUUUCUACCUUGUGGGCAAAAAAAUAUUGUGUAGCAUGAUAAUGUAUAUUGGCAAUAGUAUGUUAUACUUGAGCCCCUCCUUGAAACAGAAAUGGGCGUCCAACUGAACUAUGCUGUCUCUGUGCAGCCUAGAGAGCAGACAUACUACUGAUGGCACUCUCCUGCUGCUGCUAUAGUCAUGUGUGGGGUCUCUCUCGUUUAUUUUUCUGUCCCUGUGGCUGCUCAGCUCUGCCCUCUCCCAUGGCCAUUUUUGCUUUUCGAAGUUUUUUGUACUAAAAUCCCAGAGCAUGCUUCUGAUCACAGUGCUAAUCCAUUUUUCCCAUUGCGUAAGGUUACACCAAUAUAUUCUUUCUUGUGUGUUCUGUGAGGUUAUUAUUAAUGCUAUUGGAAACAUACAUGCACAAUAAAUGGAUAGUUGUUGCAAGAAUUACUUUUUUUUUCCCGUAAGAGCUCGGCGAAUUUCCAGCUGUCCAAUAUCUUGAUUCUUUAUAUUAUCAACUGAGUAGUUAAGAUGUCAUAGUGGACCCUAAACAUGAAAGCAAUAUAUGUAGAUUGUGACAGUCUAUUUUCCUUUUUUUUCCAUUUCUGUUUUACUUUUUGGUUUUUAAUUCUAAUGCCAGUUACAUUUCAGAAGCCAUUGAGGAUGAGUAACAGGUAAGCAAAGGUUUUCCAAAAUGCUCGAGUCUUAUUCAGGGGCUGUUCAUCUCUAACUGACAGGUUUGAAUUGUUUGUUUGAGUGUGUGUCACUGGGUCCUUCAGACCAAUUUUGAACUGCUUCCUAUGAAUAUUCUAUACUGUUUUGUAAGGAGAAUGUGCAGCAUAGAGAUCACUGAACAUUUUGCUUUACUGCAUAUCAGGUUUACAAUUAGCUGUGCAUUUCUUUGCAUUUAAAAUGAUAGACUAAUGAACUAUUUACAUUUCCAUUGUUCACUGAUUACUUUUACAUGUCCAAUAAGGAAAAAAAGAAUGAUUACACAAAGUUUUAUUGUUAUUUCAGUUUUUAUUAGAUGAUCAAACACUAGUGUGUUUAUCAUGUUUCUGUUUCGGUCGAUCUAUCAGUUUUAGCAAGACAAGGAUGUAAAUCAUAGGGGGAAAUAUAUAUUAUAUGAAAUUGUAUAAUACAAAUAUAUAUGAACAUUGUUAUUUAUGUGAGCUGAAACCCAAUUAAAAAAUCUGAUCCCAAA